UUGGGGGGCUUCUUUCCUUCUCUGUCCCCCUCUUGCAGCAGCUUGGGGUCUUUUGGGGCACUGGGACUGGCUGCAGGUGCUUUGUCCCCGAGCUGUGUUGGUGUGGGGUGGGAAAUGGGGUUAUUUUCUCCCCCUAUAAACACCUCCCGGAUCCAGCUGGCAUCCACCAGCACCAGCACCUCUCUCCCCGUAAUUUAAAGGAUACUAGCAGCCCCAAAUCCCAAAGAUUUGAGGUACGAGCAGGAAGCACAGCGGGGAGACAGGGGCACGUCCUGCGGGCAGGAAUUGCUCCGCGCCCUUGAAAUUCCUGCGGGUGAGUUAAUUAUAAAUCACGGCGUGGGCAAUGGGAUCCAGGUGGCACGGGGCUGGUUCGCAGCCUUUCCUCGUGGUCCUUUUCCCCCCUAAAUCAUACUGAGGACACCACAAGGAGGCCAGCCGAGGGGUGGUGGUGGCACGGGGAUGCUUGGGGAGAUGCAGGGGGUGUCCCAUUGGGGACAGCCACCCCAUACCCGCUGUCGGAUCUCUUUUCCCUAUAGAUUUGGCUGUGCCCUAGGGGCAGAGUAAAGCCUCUGGGUGCAAAUGGGGCCAGCACAAGCAGCCCCGAGACAGCCCCGGGAGGAAAACUGAUAGCGAGGGGGAAGGUGGAGCAGGCUGCACUGCUCGGGCUUUGUCGGGGCAGAACAAUGGGGCCUUUAUUGAGGAAGGGAGGUGGUGGGGUUGGCAUGCGGUGGUGACUGGUUGGUGUACGGGGUGCCUUGGGCAGCUGGGGGACAGGGAACUGGGAUGUGGGACAUGGGGUGGGACAUUUUGGCACCAAAAGUGUCCCUUGGGUAGGUUUGGCUGCAGGGAACUGGGACAUGGGACAAGGGAUGGGACAUUUUGGUACCCAAAGUGUCCCUUGGGCAGGGAACAGGGACACGGGAUGGGACAUUUGGGCACCUAACAUGUCCCUUGAGCAGCUGGGGGACAGAGAACAGGUACAGGGAGUAGGACAGGGGACAGGACGCUUGGUACCCACCGUGUCCUCGCUGGUGGGACCUGUGGGGACAUCCCGGGGGAGCGCUGCCACCCGCUCUGCCCCUCAGGUCCAGAUGGGGAUUUUGGAAGCCCCCACCCCGCCUGGGUCUUUUCAUCUGGGCUCCUUUGUAGCAGGCUUAUUAUGUAAGGAGCUGAUGAGGCCCCCCGUAAUGAGAAAGUAGUUUCCCAGAAUACAAAAGGCCUGUAAUUAUCUCAUUAGCAGGCGGAAAAGGGAAAGGAAAUGCUUCUGAGCCGCUCGCUUUUAUUUCCAGGGGGACUCCAGAAAGCUCAGCCCCCAAACACGGUGACCUGCCUGCCCCGACCCCGUGUCUGGGCAGGACGGGAAGGCAAAGCAGGGCCUCACAGCUCCUAAAUUGCCCAUCCCGGGGGGGGCUGAGGGCUUUAAAUUGGGGCCGGGAGCUCAGGGGAUGCUGCGGGUCCCUGCGCAGACCCCUGGUGCUCCCAGCUGCCAGGAUGAAGGUGAUGCCACCUUCCCUUCUCCCGAACCCAAAGGAAUCCCAAACCAAAUCCUAUCCACGCCUCGAGUGGGGGAAAAGGGAGCUCGGCAUCCUCGGGAAGGUGUUUUCAUGGCGUUGUCUGGCCUCUGGGCAUGGAAAAAGCUUCUGCAAGCAGGUUUGAGUCCAGCAGGAUCCUGUUCUCCUGCGGUGCUGGAAGAAAAACUGGCGGCCACCAAGGCAACGUGAGAAGGGCGAGGGAGAAAAAGGGGUGCAGAGAUUGUAGGGGAGCAGAGGUGUCCCUGCCGCCUGCAGCCACGCUUCUGGAGGUGCCCUCGGCCAGUUUGGUGUCGGGGAGUGGGCCCAGCCCGUGGCAGGGGGGGAAUUCGGUGGGUUUUGAGGUCCCUUCCAACCCAAAGCACCCCGUUUCUGUGCAUUGAUCCCCCCCCCUGGCGUGGCACGGUGCCUAGGUAUGUGUCCCGAAGGCCUUUUUGUGACCAGAGCGUUAACAAUUAACCCGCCGGGGCAGGAACAGGAGCCAGGCCUUCAUAACCUGAGGCUGAGUUAACCAUUCAGCUGCUUAUCCACAGGCAAAUUUUUCCUCUGGGUGGCAAUUUUUUCCUACCGGGAGGCGUUCGCUGGCUCCCUUGGAUAAAGCCAAGCGUGCCGGUGCGGGAGCUGCUCCCCGGAUGGCUGUAUUUAUGGAAAAAGUCCCCAAAAAGCCACGAAAAAACUUGUGCCACUGACCUGUGCCUCCGCCUCGCCGCUGCGCUGCCAUGGCCACGCUAGAAGCGCUGCCCGUCCUCAGUGACCCGACGCACCCCAGCCCAGAGAAUUUGCACAGUUUCUCUCCCCGGCCGUCCCAGCCCUUCUCACGAAGCACCAUGGGCAGCGUGGGCAGCGGGGUGGCCAACGAGCAGGAGUUUGCCAUGAAGAGCGUGGGGACCCGCACGCAGAGCAGCGGGCGGCCGGCGGAAAGCUCCCGCAACGGGUACCCCGGCCGGGAGCUCUCCAACCGCUACUCGGGCGAGGAGAAGGCGUACAAGUCGGAGAAGGUCUCCAAUGCCCUCUACAUCAACGGCGACCUGCGUAAGAGCGAGAAGGUGAAGGUGGACAUCUGCGGGAACGUGGCCGCCAACAACGAGAAGAACUUGCCGCCUCCUCCCCAGUACCGAGAGCCCGGCAACCCACCAAAGAUAUUGCCAAUCUCCGGCAAGCUGGAGCAGAGCAAUGAGCCCUUAGUUAGACCCUCAGCCUUUAAACCCGUAGUUCCUAAAAACUUCCAUUCCAUGCAGAACCUCUGCCCGCCGCAGAGCAACGGGGUGACAGAGAACAGAAAGAGCUUGAACCACGCCAACAGCAAUAGCCCGUCCGCCCCCAAAAGUGGACUCGACAAGCCCGGCCUUAACAGGACUACAAACCAAGUGGGAGGCCUUUCGGAUUCGGGCCGUAACUCGUUAACCAGCCUGCCCACCUACGGGACGGGCUACAGCCAGCACGUGGGCCCGAUGAGCGCCUCGACCAGCCACAUCAACCGCAUCGGCACCACCUACGUGGACAAGACCAUCGUGGGAUACAACGGGAUAUCUACCUCAGACAGCGGGCGCUCGUCGAGCAAGAGCACCUCCUCGUUCAACAGACUGAACCAUCUCAACGAAACGAUGCCUUUCCACUCGCCUUCCACGGACGACAUCAUCCAAGACCUGGAAGACCGGCUGUGGGAGAAGGAGCAGGAGGUCCUGCAGAUGAGGAGGAACUUGGACAAGAGCGAGGCGGCCAUCUUCCAGGUGUUCGAGGAGAAGCAGAAGAUCUGGGAGAGGGAGAUGGAGGACCUGAGGCAAAACUACGCCAACAAACUGCAGCAGGUCUCCAAAAAGGCGCAGCGGGCUCAGCAGGCCUUGCAGCUGCAGAUCUUCAAGCUGCAGCAGGAGAAAAAAAAACUCCAGGACGACAUGGGGCAGCUCCUCCAACAGCGCGAGGAGCUGGAGAAGAAAUUUGUGGCUUUCAAGAAGGAGCAGGCUGAGUUUCUCCCAAAGAUUGAGGAGACCAAGUGGGAGGUGUGCCAGAAGGCGGGGGAGAUCUCCCUGCUCAAGCAGCAGCUGAAGGAUUCCCAGGCAGACGUCUCCCAGAAGCUGAACGAGAUCGUGGGGCUGCGGACGCAGCUCAAGGAAGGCAAAAACUUCCUGCGGGAGAAAGAGGAGCAGAUCCUCACCCUGAAGGACUCCUACAGCUCCAAGAGCGUCAACCUGGAGAUCUGCGAGAGCGAGCUGCAGCGCAAGAUGAGCGAGGUGCAGGUGCUGAGGGAAAAACUGAACCACUGUGAGAUGGAGGUCUCCGGACUCAAGCGGACGCUUGCCAGCAUGGGACCUCCGGCAGGGUCUUUCGGAGGGGAGCUGGCGGAGAAGCUGCGGGACCCCCUGGCCUGCGAGAGCGACGAAGCCAAGAUGCAGAGGCAGAGCGAGGACAGCGUCGGCGCGCUGCGGAAGGAGGUGGAGAGGCUGCAGACGGAGCUGAAGCUGGAGCGGCAGCAGCGGGAGCAGCAGGUGCUGGACUUCGAGGAGGAGCGGCGCACGUGGCAGGAAGAGAAGGAGAAGGUCAUCAAGUACCAGAAGCAGCUGCAGCUCAACUACGUGGAGAUGUACCAGAAGAACCAGCUCCUGGAGCACAAGGUGAACGAGAUGAACACGAAGGCCACCAGCCCCCCGCACACCGAGGAGAAAAAACCCUGGACUCCCUCCAGACUCGAGCGAAUAGAGUCCACCGAGAUCUGAGGUGGGACCGAGACGAUGCCCAGGUUUUGUUAUUUUAUUAUUUUUUUUAAUUGCUGUGCAUGUACUACCUACUCAAGCCAGUGAUCUUCCGAAGGAUAACGCGAUACCGUCGGAGCGGCGUGAGUCCGCCCACGCCGAGCUCCCUCACCCUUCCUCUGUUCUUCUGUGCUCUGUAGGUAAACUAACUGUGGAUGUGCGUUGGUUUUCGAUUGAUAAUGCGACAUCUUUUGUUUGUUUUUUUGUUUGUUUUUUUUUUCCUAGUACAGCUGGUGAGGGUCAGUUGUCUCUUUCGUAAUCUGCCGUGACUGUUACUUCGCUAGAGGCUGCCACCCCUCUCCUACAAUUCACAAAAUUGGUCGGUUGUUUUGGAGGGCUGCGUUUGGUUCCUUUGGUUUUCGAAGCAUUUAUAUGCAGCAAAACAGUUCAAAGUGGCAGGUUGUUGUGUUUUGUUUUUUAUUUCAGGGCAAUUUUAGCCACAUUGGCUAACGGAGCAAAGCUCUUGGGCUCCUGAGCAAACUCACUGUUCCGCGUCAAGUAUCUUGUCUAGACAAUGGUCUUCGUGAAGUCAGGAGGAGACUGGCCCCUGAUUUCAGUGAAACCAGACAUCUCUCUGCCCGGUGACUCCCUCCUGCAGCCCGUAGGAGGGCCUGUAGGAGGUUAGGAUGUCCUGGAGCACCAGGACGAGCCUGUCCUGGUAACAGAAGCCACCAAGGGAUGGUCGCCCAGCAGGAGCUUCUGUCGACACAUGCUGCGUUUUCAUUUCCUUGUCUCUUCCUUCUGCAUUUCCGCUUCACCUCCUGGGUCGUGACCAGCCCUGGGAGCAGAAAAACCCUCCCACCUCUGCCUUGAUCCCCCCUGUUCUUACCUAUAUCCAAGCUGGCUACAGCAAGAAGAAAAAAAAAAACUUGAAAUCUUGAGAUCUAAGCCAGUUCCCCUUCUCAAGAGCCCCCACAAUCAAUGGAACGAGGUUUGGGGUAGCCUCCAACCCCGUGGGAUGUUUAUGCAAGCAGAAGCUUUAGCAGCUUGCCCAGAAAUUUGUGCAAACCCAUCCCCAAACGAGAGACACUUCGGUGCAUUCUCUCUGCCCAGGGUGUUCUUACACAAGGCGAUGCUUCAGGUCGUGCAGGUGCUUGUGUCCCCGGCCGAAAAAUAACCAAAUCCUACGUGCACACUCCCUGAAAACGAUGCGGGCAUCAAACACCAGCAUUCAGCUUUAAAAGGGGGGGGCGAAGCGGGCCUGGUUCUCCCUUGCACGGAUGCUUUUUUAACAAAAUGCUGCGCUGGGGGGAUUUGUGCUGACUGGGCAGCAGCCAGGGGAUCGGUGCAAGCGGGAAUUUGGGCUCUUUGCCCUGGAGAGCAGCUAGAACAAAGCCAGAAUUAGCAUCUCGGGACACUCUUCACCUUCCAAGUUCCCUUCUCUCUCCGCUCCCCAUCACCAGGUCUGACCUGGGGGGAUCAGACUGCGCCGCGGGGAGCUCCAGGCUGGCCAAAGAGGCUGAGCAGGAGAAAGGAGACUCCAGUCGAGGUCAACAGACAAUAUUUCGGGGAGGAACUGCUGGUAGCUGGCGGGGAUCCCUGGAGCUGCAGCAAAUAAGAGAUGUGGGAGGAGAUCGGGGCAUUUCCAGACCCUGGUGGAGGGCACCUGGGUUCUCCCACGGCUUCUGCCUGUGCCUCGGGAGCUGAAGGAGGAAAAUUGGUGCCAGCCAGCAGCAGACAGUGCCAUGCCGAGGGCAGGGAUGGGACGGGCAAGCGAGGACCUGGCAGAAGGUCGCUGGAGUCAAACGGGGCAGGUCCUCAGCCCCCAGCCCAGCCCUGCUCUUUGCUUCAGCAUUUCAGAGCCCAAAAACCCAGUCAGGGGUCUGAGAGGCACAGCUCUGGGCAGGCAGAUCCCAGGGCUUCCUCCGUUCCACACAGCGAGCUUCUAGAUGGGGCCAACCGCCCCCAUGGGGUCGGGGUUGGGGAUGUGGUGUCUCGUGCUGCUUUCUGUGCCUCUCUUCGGAGAAACCUGCGCUGUCUUCCAGCCCCGAGCAGCUGAGGGGGAGCUGUGCUUGUCAAGGGCUUUGCAGUCCCUGGGAAAUUGGGAGGUGUUUUGUUCUGGAUGCCUGUUGCGGGAUGAUUUUGAGGCCACCACACAAAAAGCACGCAGACCAUCAGCAGCAAGAGCCCAGGCUACGAAGAUGGGCUUCUUUCACCCACCUCUGCCCCUCCUAGCUCUCCAAAAAUCCACGGGCAGGAGGAGCAGGGGCUCACCUGCCCUCCUCACACACCCAGAUCCCAGCAGCAGCAGUCAGCCAAGCCCUGCAGUGCGUCAGGUUUGCUCUGACAGCUUUUUUUUUCCCAGAUCUUUUUCCUUUUUUUUUUUUUUUUUUGCAGUGGUGCCAGGAAUGAGUGUGUCCUGAUAGAUCCCUGCGAAACCUGAAGGUGUCGGGUUUGGCUGACUGCUGGAAGAACAGCCCAGGUGCCAGAUUGGCAUUUUAAUUCAGAGAAUGGCCGAGGAGGCUCACGACUUGUCCUUCCAUGAGGUUAAUAAAAUCUUUCUGUCCCGUGAAACUCACCCGAGAAUUUGGGCUUGGCCACAUCCCAGCUGUCCUCUCCACCUCUGCUCAUCCAGCCCCGGAGCUGAGGGGAUUCUGCUCCUGGCUCAGGUGUAAUUCUGCAAGUUCUGCUGCUGCCCUCAAAGCCUCGCACGUGUUUAGGGCCAGAUGUGCUGGGAUCCAUGGGGUUGGGGCCAAUACGACCCGAGACCUGUGGAAGAGAGAGCGGUGGGAAGACCUGGAGCCCGCGGGUAGGACCAACCCACCCCGCUCCUGCCCUUCGCUGUGGCACUUUACAGCUCGCUCCAGCACGACCAAAGAUCUCCGAAAGGCUCCGGGCUGCGUGCCUGGAGCUGCCUCCUUUCCUUUUCACCAAGUUUCCCUGCUGGAGAUCUGCUCCCCACGUUGCCCGCAUCCUUCCUGUCCCUCUGUAUCAGCUCUCAAGCCUCUUGCUUCUUGUUGGAGGACACAGAUCCCAUGCCUCCUGGUCCCUGUGGGGCACCGAGGCAUUGGGAUCGCAUCCAGCUGGUUUCAGGCUUCCCAACAGGAUGCAGCUGUCAGCAAAACCAGAGCUCAGCCUCUGCACUUUCGGGAUAAGCUUCUUCCUAGGUUCACCCAAUGAAGGGGAUCAUGUUGGAUCUGGAGCAACCUCCGGCACUGCAGGGUUGUGCGUUCGGGGCUCUCCUCCAGAUCUGUUUUCUCAGGCAGAAAGCCUCUGCUUUCUGUCACGAAGCAAUAGGUUUUUCUAGCGAGAUUUAAAAGGGACUUCCCAACUCCGAUACCUGCAGGCAAGCCAACGUUCCUUCAAAUACCUUCGUAACUCUGGCCUCUGGGCUCUCCUCUUUCAGAAAGGGAUGUGAGGCCAGCUCUGGCUCCGAAUAACCACCAACGAUUUGAGUUUGGUGGUGCCCAUGUGUCCAGAGAGCCUGGAAGUGCCCAGGUGCAGCAUACAGGCAGUCUGUGUCCCCGGGAUGUGUGCUCGAUCCUCCUUUGGUGCCCAUCCCAGGGACAGUCACUGCCACCGGGCCCCCAGGGGUGCCUGAGCUCGCAAAGUCCCAUUUGGUGACAGCCAGGCACCCACGGGAGACCGAGGAGCCCUCCUGGAGGAGAAGGUGCCCGUGGUGGCACGUGGGUGCCCUUCCAGUGGCCGAAGGGAACAAAUGUGCCCAGAGGGAGCUCCACGCCCGGUGCCAAAAUGCUGCACAACCCCAGACGCGUCUAUGCAGUCUCUUUCCACGCAGUGGAGUCCCCGCAGAGCCCAGGCCCAGGGCUAGGUCUCCUCCAAGGUGUCUUUGUUUGCACUCAUUCGGACCUGGUAAAUGCUGUGAGGCUGAGAGGCAGCCCGUCCUGACCCUCUCUCGGCCUUCGCCUUGCACUGGGCAGGAUGGUUGUGAGGGUUCCCUCAUCCGAAAUAAAUGCACGUUGUUUCGUCACCCGUCUCCACGUCUCUUCUCCAGCCCAUCCACCCCAAAACCCAGCUCCCUGAUGGAGGGACAGCAGGUUGGGCCGGCUGGCGCCCCAAGCAAGCCCGUUGUCUGAUCUCACCAGCAAUAAAAGCCCCGCAGGGGAGCGGCCAGAGCUUCCCAGGCUCUGUGUGUUUGUAGGAUAUCCACAUCAGACCCCUUCGUCCAACAUUUGGACCCGCCCAACUGUAAAUUCGACCCCAGCCUCGUGCUUUCUCUCCUCUGUUCGUUUCUCGAAGCCUCGGUCUCUCUCUCUUCUCUCUCUGCUCUUACUGUGAAUUCAAACCAGAAGUGUUCUGAACUCGACUCUGUUACUGUUCGUUCUGCGUUGACUGUUGCUGGUUCUCCGAACUGCGUUUAAUGAGACUUUGGAAAAAAAAAGAAAAAAAAAAAAGAAGAAAAAAAUUAUAUAUAUAUCUAUAUAAAUAUACUUUAAAAAAAUAAUAAAAAAUAAAAUAUUUAAAAAAAAGAACUCCAUAAGGUUGGGUGUGUCUCCUGUCCACCAGUCACUUUCAAACACUGUUGUCUCGACCUGGCCUCUGGUCGGUGUAUUUAACAAAAAGAGGUGGAAAAAUAAAGAGAGAAAAUACAGCAUUCUGGGAUUUUUGUACAGCAAAGGUGUAUCCGUGUAGGGAAUUCUUGUUAAAACUCUACCACAUUUCACAAUCUACUGCUAGUCUGUUGUAUGUUUCCAUGGGGUUAUAAAGAUGUGAAGAGCUACUGCCUUCGCGAUUUUCUACGGUGAAUAUAUCUAUAGAUAUCUGUACAGAGGUAUGUAUAUAUAUAAAUAGAUAUGAAGAUCUAUAUGUAUACGUAUCUCUCACUCUCCUCUCUCUAUCUUGACUGUGAAGGAUUUUUAUUGGGCAAAAUAAAACGGAGAAAGGCCCCUUUUAAAAACCUGA